AUGGAGUCCAACCAACUCCAGAGUGGAACCCCUGCACCAUAUGGCCGGGCUUGCAUCAACUGCUCCCGUGCUAAAAGCAAAUGUAUCCUUCUUGCGACCGGGAAUGGCUGCGAAAGAUGCCAGCGGCUGAAAAAGGACUGCCGGCCGUCGCCAACGGUGCGAAAGCGAAAUGCUCGCUCAUCUGCUUCUAGAACAGCACAGCUUGAAGCAAAACUUGAUAACAUUGUAUCGUUGCUCCAGACUAACGGCGGACCGACCGGUAUCCCCGCAGAUUGGGACGUCGCAUUACCCACGACUGGUCAAAAUGCUUCUUCUCAAAGCCAAACUUGUGCCUCAUCGUGUAGCUUGCCUUCCGGGGGCAUUCCAACCCCGCCAGCAACAGUAUCUGCGCCCAAUAGCUGUUCAGUAGAGGAUCUCUGCUCGACACUUCCAAUUCCUCCAGAGACGGCUGAACAGACUCUCAGCUACUUCCGUACUGAGAACAUGAAAUAUCUCCCAUUCGUACACAUUCCUUCGCACAUGACCUCGCAACAACUGCGACAAGAAAAGCCCUUUCUCUGGCUAUGCAUCAUGGCAGUGCUGAUGCCGGGAAGCAUCCAAAGAGAGUCUGUUUUCACCAAAAUCACCGGAACCAUUCAUCAGAAAUUACUUGUCGAUAGCUCACCGAGUAUGGAUAUGCUUCUUGGGAUUAUGACAUUUAUCUCAUGGACGACCUACGCUCGACGGCCAUUUCUCAACUUCUAUGCCCAUGUAGUCAUGGGGCUUGUCUGUGACCUUGGAAUCAACAAACCAGUCCCUACAGAAUACUCAACCAUGCAAGCCUUUAAAAGCGCUGUUGGCGUCAAGCAACAUAUCCCUACUACCAGGACCAUGGAAGAGCGAAGAGCUGCGUUGGGGUGCUUUUUGAUCACAUCAAGAAUAGAUGCCUUGAGAUGGAAUCCACAUCUGGAGGAGAGUCUCUCUAUUCUGAUGAAUGCCAAGGAAUGCCCCGAAGAUGAACGUCUGGUCUCACUUGUCAAGAUCCAUCUGGUUAUGGAUAGAGUCUAUCACCUACAGCGUGACGGUGACAGCCACUCUCCGGCAACUUUCUAUACAAAGGCAUUUCAGUCUCAACUAAAGGCAGUGAAAAGUACAAUUCCGGCACAUCUACAAGAAGAUAGAUCUAUUCUUCUUUAUCUUACCAAUGCUGAACUCACUAUUCAUGAUGUCGCUCUUCAAGCACCCUCUACACCUAACUCCCCGGAACUGCAUAGACUGGAAAGUCUUUAUACAUCUCUGCAGGCGGCCAAAUCCUGGUUGGAUCUUUGGCUAUCUGUGCCCGUUGAAAACUACACGGCAGUGUCCUUUACUAUCUUCUUCCAAUUUUCUCGGGCCCUUGUGAGCUUGUAUAGACUUUCCAUUCUGGAGGAUCCUGCCUGGGACAAGACUCUUGUCCGGAACACUGCUAAUAUUCUUGAAUAUCUCGAUCGAAUGGCGAAUAUGAUGAAGAAUUGUGCGGACCAUAUUUCAGUUCCUCAUCAGCCGGAGUGGAAUAUCUUUGAAAAGGGGCAAGUGAUGGUUCGGUGCAUUAAAGAGGGAUGGGAGCCAAAGCUUAUGGAAGUCUGGUAUCCGAGCUUACCUUCUACUGAGGUUGAGAACGAUUUCAAUCAACCCAAUCCUGCACUCAGUGACAUUUUGCCGAUCACUGGAUUUGAUGAUGCGUGGAUGAUGGAAAUAUUUGGUUCAAUGUGA